AUGGAGCAGGUCACGGAAGCGAUGCAGAAGACCGCCAUCAGCGGCGCCGAGAAGAAGGGCAAGAAGGAGAAGAAGGGCGCCGCCCCUGACCCCGCGGCCUCGGGCCCCCUCGAGCUGGACCCAUGGCCGCAGUUCAUCCAGGACCGUAUCGAGCUUUUCGACAAGCUGUACAAGGAGUACCAGGAGGAGAUUGCAAAGAAGCCGCGCGAGCCGAUCGAGAUCACCAUGCCUGAUGGCACCGUCAAGCACGGCACGUCCUGGGAGACCACGCCCGCCGAGAUCGCGAAGAGCAUCUCCAACAGCCUGUACAAGCGCACCGUGGUUGCGCGUAUCGACGGCGAGACCCUCUGGGAUCUUGACCGCCCUCUCGAGAAGAGCUGCAAGUUGGAGCUGCUCGACUUCAACGACGAGCAGGGAAAAUUCGUCUUCUGGCAUUCUAGCGCCCACGUCUUGGGUGAGGCCUGCGAAAGGAGGUUUGGCUGCUCGCUUUGCAUCGGUCCUCCGGUCGAGAAUGGUUUCUACUAUGAGAUGGCUCUGCCCGGCGGCGCUGCCGUCCAAUCAUCCGACUGGGCUCCCCUUGAGGCUAUCGUCCAGAAGAUCGUGAAGGAGAAGCAACAAUUCCAGAGGCUGGAGAUGACCAAGGAGGAUCUCCUGAAGAUGUUUGCCUACAACCCCUACAAGGUGCACAUUAUUAAGGACAAGAUUCCGGAUGGCACCAAGACUACUGUCUACCGGAACGGUCCUUUGAUCGAUCUGUGCCGUGGCCCCCACGUGCCUGAUACCAGCAGGAUCGAGGCCUUUGCUAUCAUGAAGAACUCCUCUUCCUACUUCCUUGGCGAUGCCAACAACGACUCCCUCCAGCGCAUCUACGGCGUGUCCUUCCCGGACAAGAAGCAGAUGGCUGCCCACAAGAAGUUCCUCGAGGAGGCUGCCAAGCGCGACCACCGUGUCAUUGGCAGGCAGCAGGAGCUCUUCUACUUCGAGGAGUGCUCUCCUGGUUCUGCCAUGUGGCUGCCUCACGGCAUGCGCAUCCACAACGCCAUCAUGGAGUACAUCCGUGAGGAGUACUGGAAGCGUGGCUACGACGAGGUCAUGACUCCCAAUAUGUUCAACGUCGCCUUGUGGGAGCAGUCGGGUCACUUGGCCCACUACAAGGAGGACAUGUUCCUUCUCGAAGUUGACAAGGAGCAGUUUGGUCUCAAGCCCAUGAACUGCCCUGCCCACGCCAUGAUGUUCCGCCACCGUGAACGGAGUUACAAGGAGCUUCCUCUCCGUUUUGCCGACUUCGGUGUCCUUCACCGUAACGAGGCUAGCGGUGCCCUCAGCGGUCUGACCCGUGUCAGGAGAUUCCAGCAGGACGAUGCUCACAUCUUCUGCCGUGAGGAUCAGAUCAAGCAGGAAGUCGCCGAUCUCUUCGACUUCAUGGCCUCCUUCUACGGCAUGCUGGGCCUGACCUUCAAGCUUAAGCUGUCUACUCGCCCAGAGAAGUUCAUGGGUGAUAUCGAGACUUGGAACCGUGCCGAGGCCCGCCUGAAGGAGGCUCUCGAUGAGUUCGCAGCCUCCCAGAACGGCGUCUCUUGGGAGCUCAACCCUGGCGACGGUGCCUUCUACGGCCCCAAGAUCGAUAUCGCCGUGCUAGACUGCCUCAACCGCCCCUGGCAAUGUGCCACUAUCCAGCUCGACUUCCAGCAGCCCAUCAACUUCUCCCUGGAAUACCAGACCGCUGAGGGCGCGCAGACGGCCGCGCAGAAGGACAAGGAGGAGAAGAAGGAGCAGCCCAAGGCCGAGGAGGCAAAGCCCGCCGUCGACGGCGAGAAGAAGGAGGACGCUGCCGAAAAGAAGGAUGGCAAGAAGAAGCCUCUCGUCCCCAAGAAGCCUUUGUCCCCCGGCUGCGCUCGCCCUGUCAUGAUCCACCGCGCCAUGGCUGGCUCGAUCGAGCGCUUCACGGCCAUUUUAUGCGAGCACUUCGCCGGCAAGUGGCCCUUCUGGCUGUCGCCUCGCCAAGUUCUUGUCAUCCCUGUCGGCAUGGGCUUCCUCGACUAUGCCAAGGAGGUUGCGGCCAUCCUUAAGCAGGCCCGCUUCUAUGUUGACGUUGAUAGCUCGGGCAACACCCUGCAGAAGAAGAUUCGUAAUGGCCAGUUGGCGCAGUACAACUUCAUUUUCGUCGUUGGUGACGAGGAGAAACGCAACCGCACGGUCAACAUCCGUUACCGCGACGACACCUCUACUCAAGCCCGUGACGUGCCCUAUCCACUGGACGAGGCCGUCGAGAAGCUCAAGAAACUCAAGGCCGACCGCGGCAUGUACAACCCUUUCCCGCACGUGGCCAAGAAGAAGGAAGAGGGUGAGAAGAAGGAAGAGAACUAA